CUGAUUUCGUUCGCUAUAGCGCGGAAAAUUGAUUCAGUUGGUUUUGCUUUAAGUAGGAUUCUUAUUGAUCUUUGUCGUGUAGUGGUUCUUGUUUAUGGGCUGUUUACAAUGUGUUCACUGGCCUAGUUAAUCAACUGCAUAACCUGAUUUCCCAUAUAUGGGAUACAUCUUGGUAAAUGUACAUUUUUCUUAUCGGAAUACGCAUGCGAACAAGUAGGAUUAGGUGCUAAAGUGUAAAGCUACGAGUUUGCUAAAUUCGCCCGGCUGCACCCCCAUGAGUUUGCUGUACAUAUCAACCAGAAAUAUGCGACUACAUACUGAAACUCGUUUCAACAACAGAGUAGUUGGUCUAAAAGUUUAGGUUUAGCAGGAUUUAUUUUAGUGCAAGCAAUCGUAUUGUCUUUCUGGUCUGGUUAUUCUAGCUUGAUAGGCAGGACUAAUCGCCUGUAAAGUGUGGAGGUAACUGCAUUAGAAGCACGAGUUUGCGCAGUUUGUGUCUGACUUGUUUGAGCCCGCCCUUGAUUGUUGAUACUACAGUUUUUGCUUACUGGGUUGUAGGUUUUGGAACAUUUGUUCUAUGAAAUCCUUCAAAUUAGGGCUUGAUGCUUUUGUGCUUCCAUGAUCUUCCUGAUAUCCUCACUGUUCAUGUACAUAACAUGAUAUGAUCAAAAGAUAAAUUAUCACCCUUAGUCCUUUGCCUAUAUUCGUCUGUCUGUACAAUACAUCAGCUAUUGUUGCCUAUUGCUAGUAGUCUAUUUUUAUCUUAUAGUUCUGGGCUUUCAUUGACCUUGUCUUCAACAAAUAUGUUUGUAGGAUUUUCAGUCAGUAGUGAUAGUUAAGAAAAGUUAAGCUCAAUACAGGAAGGAUAAAAGUUUUGUACAUUUGCUUCCUUGUGACCAAUUAUGAACCAUUUGUCCAAUUUCUGAUCUCUUAACCCCAACUAUUUAGCUUUCAUUUAUGAACACGAUUCUUUUCAGUAGUCACUAAAUUUGUAAACUGAUGCCAUAUUUCGGUUUGGCCCUUUUAGUUUUCUUUUUACUUAUUUCUAGUUCAGCCACCAUAGCUUCUAAAGUUCAGUAUCAGCCAUUUCGAUCGAUGCAGAUUAAUGACCUCAACAAUCAGUUUAUCAUCUUUCCAUGAUAUCUUGCCUUUGACCUCAUCAUUUCUGGUGAGGUUAUAAUCAAUGGACGACCUUUGAGCAUUUCUAAACUGACCUGGAAUGUGUCUACCUACUUGCUAGGGCUAAGUUAGGGUUAUAAAUUAGUGCCAAAAAUUAGGAUCUGCGGGUAAAGGUUAAGGUUAGGAAUUACAGUUAGUUUUCAUCAUGCUUUAGUGCUAAAAUGUUAUUUAACCAUAUGGAUGAGUUUCGCACCAAAAUUCAGGAUGUACUAUCUUUAAUUUCUUUCGUUCGUCCAUAAUUUAUAAUUUCCUGGUUGCUCACUCCGUUGUUUCAUCAAGCCCUAGCAAUCCCUAAAGGACAUCUAUGAUUAAAAUGUUUCGCUUACGCGUAUCUUCUCUUUUUAUAGAUCAUGCUUACAACCAUAGGGUAAUAUGGAAUCAAGAUUACUUUCUGUUUUUUAUACUUUCCUAUUACAUUAGGACUUUAUAAAUUCGUGUGUAAAACCAUGCUAGAAUCUCUGCCGCUUGAGAAUAGCUAUCCUAGUAACGUCAAGCUUAAAUACAAAAAGCUAUCUUAUCAAGCGACAACUCCUACUCGUGGAUCUCUCUUUGCUGCUGGUUACGAUCUUUAUGCUGCUCAUGAAGCUACCAUACCUCCUGGGGGUCGUGAAUUAAUAAAAACGGACAUACAGGUUGAAUUGCCAGAAGGUUGUUAUGGUCGUGUCGCUCCACGAAGCGGACUAGCCUUAAAACAUGGGAUUGAUGUUGGUGCUGGUGUCAUUGACCGAGACUAUAGGGGAAAUCUUGGCGUAGUACUUUUUAACUUUGGAGAACAAAAUUUUGAAAUUAAAAAAGGUGACCGUGUAGCACAACUGAUUUGUGAACGUAUUUUCUGUCCUGAAUUAAUAGAAUGUGAAUCGUUGGCGGAAACGGAUCGUGGUUCAAAUGGUUAUGGUUCAACAGGAGUGUAGAGCCUAAUAAUUUUAUCAGAAUCAAAAUAUUUUUUACAAUAAAUAUAUAAGAAAUAUAACCCAUUUUUAUGCCUGCAAAUAACUUAUAAAAAUUAACAGACUAUCCAAUAUUAAGCUGAGUUGGAGACUUUUGUUACUCUUUAAACGUGAACUGGUCGUCCC